AUGUAAUAGGAAUUGUAACAAAUCAAAGUUGAAAACAAUAAGCUAAUCAAUGAGAACACUAAAUUGAAGACUUAAAUUAUAUUAUUUGAUAAAGAUCUAGUUAGGUAUGAAAAAUUGUGUGUUGGAUCACUUAACAAAUCCUCUGAUUUACUACUAAUUCAAUUGCGGAAACACAAUAAAGAAUUGUCAUAAUAAUUAAAGGAAAAAAUUGAUUAGAUUGAACACUUAAAAAGAAGUGCUAAGAUAACUAGAAUAGCUGAAUUAGAAUGCGAAAACAAAGUCUAAAUUGAAGAAUAUGCAAAGUUGAAAUCUUGUUAUGAAAAUGCUAUUAAAUAAAUAAACGAUUUGAAUCAAAAAUUGUAAUGGUUCCAAAACCUUUAAGUGGACAUUUAAAAAUUAUAAAGGCUUAAUGAAAAUAAUGUUAAUGAGAACAAGAAUUUGAAUACAAAAAUCACUUAACUUGAAGAAAUGUUAAAACAAUAGCAAAUUCUGAAUAAGACAAGUAUCUAGUAACAUGAAAAGAAGAUUAACACGUUGUAAGCACAAAACAAGAAAUUAAUUUCAGAAAAAACAAAUCUAAAAGUCACUAUAAAAAUGCUCUAAGAUAGAGAAAAAGCUUUUGUCAUUUUAAAGAAACCUUCGUCUCACUUAAAAUUAAGUGCACUUCAUUAACUAAUUUUAACCGAAUUAAAGUUUAAAUUAAUCCUCAGGGGUAUUACAGUGAAAUAAUUAAAUGAAAUGUUUGAUGGAUUGAAACAAUAAGCCAAAGAAUAGAACGUCUAAAUCAGAUUAGAUGAUUUUCAUCAUAUUUUGAGUCAAGAGCCAUUCUCAUUCACUGAUAAUAAAAAGAUUCUCUAAAUUCUCAAUUGUCUCACAGGAAAUGGGGAUGUACUGAUCGAGUAAUUCUUAAAUUUGAUUGGUAUCUAUGAAACAUUUAAUAAUUUCGAUUUUGAAUAGGAAUAACAAACUAUGUAAGAAUAAUUAAAUCAAAACAAACAAAAAAUAAAAGAAUAUUGGAAUUAGAAACAAGUGGUUGACUACCAUGAUGUAUAGAAGAUGGUCUUGUCUGUAGGGCUAUCAUUCAACAAUUCUAGUUUACUCUAUUAUAAUUUGAAUCUAUUUGAAAAAUCAAAUGAGGACUUACAAAAUAUCAAAGUGUCUGAUACGUUGGAUCCAUUUUUAGAUGAGGAUUAGGAAAUCUUGGAAUUUAACAGUUAUAAGAAAUAAACCAAUCAACCACCAAGAAUAUCAGAAGUUUCAGAUGAAGAACAUUAUGAGUAACAAGAUUGA